GUUUGGGUUCACACAUAGUUUUUGUACGUUGAAGAGGCUAGCCAGUGUGUUGUGUGUUUUUCGGGCGUGUGUGUGUGUGUGUGAAGGAGAGAGAGAGAGAGAGAGAGAGGGAGAGAAAGAGAGCGAGCGAGCGAGAGAGAACCAGAGCUAAACAUGGAAACGAGACUAGGCGUUAGUUGUAAACUAGUGCCGGUGUUGAACUGAAGAACUAGCGGCUGCUGGCUGACCACUCACUCGGGAUUAUUAUGCCCAGCGCCAACGUGUCCGUGCGAAGUUUAUCCGAAGUGGAGAAAUACCUCAGCAGCCGGAUGGAUCGGAGUACUGAGGGCAGUUUCCUGAGCAUCGCUGGGUCAAUGCGGCGGGGUUCUUCAGAGAACAAUCUGGAUCUGGACCUCACUGAUGGAAGUCCCGGUCCUGCUCUCGGUCACGAGGUCCAGCGUAGUCGGUCUUGCUUGGACAACCUCCAGCAGAAGAUCCUGAAGGUCACAGAGCAGCUGAAGAUUGAGCAAACGGCACGAGAGGAGAAUUUAGCUGAGUACCUGAAGCUGGUGAACAGUGCGGACAAGCAGCAGGUGGGCCGCAUCAAGCAGGUGUUUGAGAAGAAGAACCAGAAAUCAGCUCAAAACAUCGCUCAGAUGCAAAAGAAGCUGGAGCAGUAUCAUCGGAAGAUGAAAGACAGUGAAAUCCAUCACAGCCCAACCCCUCACCCAUCCACUGUCAAACACAGCACCAUACCCAGGGAGUCACCCAGAGAGCUGCUGAGGGACAUGACCGGCAGCGGUCGACACCCGACCAUGGACAAGAUCAAGACCAUCGGACCAGGUGUUUCCCUCUCCCCUCCUUUCUUCUUCAGCAAGCCCAGAGAGUUCGCCAACCUCAUCAGGAACAAGUUCGGCAGCGCUGACAACAUCGCCCACCUCAAGACCACUCUGGACGCUUCCUCUCCGUUGCCCACUGACAGUACGGGAAAGGGGCUGAGCAGCAGCACCUCUAUGGUGGGCAAGCCCAAGUAUCCCAGUGAUGACGAGUGCUCCUCGGGCAGUGCUUCCAUUUCGGCAGACAGUAACGGGAACCCAGCGGGGGGAGGAGGGUCAGCGGGGCAGGCACAGGGUCAGGGCCACAGCCAGGGGCAGCCACCAGCAGGGGGAGAUAACCAGAGCAGACUGGCCCUGAGCCUGGAGGAGGUGAGGGAGAUCAAAGACGCCCAGAGCCAGUUGGAGGAGGAUAUGGAGGAGCUGAAGGCUCAGUUCAAGAGAGAGUAUGGCAUCAUCAGCCAAACACUGCAGGAAGAAAGAUACAGGUACGAGCGUUUGGAAGACCAGCUGAACGACCUGACAGAGCUUCACCAACAUGAGAUGUCUAAUUUGAAGCAAGAGCUGGCGAGCAUUGAGGAGCGGGUGGCUUACCAGGCACACGAAAGAGCCAGAGACAUACAGGAAGCCCUCGAGUCGUGUCAGACACGGGUGUCCAAGCUGGAGCUCCAGCAGCAGCAGCAGCAGCAGACGGUCCAGCUCGAGAGCCAUGACGCCCGAGUCUUGCUGGGGAAGAGCAUUAACAUCAUGCUGGCCAUCAUCACCGUUAUCCUUGUUUGUGUCUCCACCGCUGCCAAGUUUGCCGCUCCACUGAUGAGGAGCCGAUACCACGUGGUAGCGACCUUCCUGGGGAUUUGCUUUUUGACCAUAUUCUGGAAGAACUGGGACCGUUUACAGUACACCAUAGACAGGGUGCUGGUGCUUGGCUGAUAGUGGGGAGAACACACUGAAAACAACAAUAACAUGGACGCUGUCAGUUGUCAGGAUAGGACUGUCUAAGAAGAUUGGUUGUACAAUCGUCAGAGGACACGAUCGCCAUGCAUUUACAGAAGUCACUGUUUUUUAAAAGACAGACUGAAAUGAAGUUAUGGUCAUUUUCUUGUCUAAAACUUGAAUGUGUGUAGCUAAUAAUUACAUUUAACCUUUGAAAUAAUAUUUAUAUAACAAUAAAUUUUGUUACUUUCCUAGUGAUUGCUAAGAAAUCAUCACAAAAGGUAAAUUCAAGGAAUAAGAAGGGUGAAGAGAAGUGCAUUUACACUAUAAUGCAGCAACAUGGGACUCCCUCUUUACCACUGUCCAGGGAAAUAAUCCAUAGAUGAAGUAAAUUUGAGGCAGAUGAUUAUUCUUAUUUCAUUUUGCUUCAGCUCAACUUUAAUAUCUUUCAAACUAUUGCAAGCAUGCACAUGUAGACACAAAGAAAACCUCGAGCUUGGUAACUUGUCGGCCGCAGCUAUGAAAUGCUAAGAAGGAAUAGUCUGAAAUUUUGGGAAAUUUGUUUAUUUGCUUUCUUGCAGAGAGUUAGAUGAGAACAUUGCCACCACUCUCAUGUCUGUAUGGUCAAUAUUAAGCUUCGGCUAGCAGUUGUAUCGCUGUAUGAGGUUUAGGUGCUGCUUGGCGGACUUUGUUACCUUCAGACAAGGCCAGGCUAGCGGUUCCCUUCUGUUUACAGUCUUUGUGCUAAGCUAACAGGCUUCUGGUGUUAGCUUCGAAUUUGCAUACAGACAUGAGAGGGGUAUGAAUUUCUAAUCUAACGUUUGGCAAAAAAAAAAAAAGAAUAGGCAUAUCUUUUAAUGAGGAACCUACAGACUAAAAGCACAUAGGAAAAUCGACAUCCAGUUUUCAUGAUGUUUAGUUUUUUUUUUUCUUAUUGCCUUGUCUGCCCCCUGUGUGGUCAGUCAUCUCUUAAAAUUGCUCUUUGUUCUGUUCCUGAUGUUUAAAGUGCAAUAUAUUUGAUUUUUAGGAGCACCGUGUUUAAAAUGAUUCUUUUAGGAGUGAUCGUAUGACGUCAAUGUUUUACAGUGACAGGGUGUUGGUGGUGGUGGAUGGAUGGAGGCAGGAGGAGGGGUGAGGAAGUGUCAUUAAUGCUGGCAUGAGAGAUCCAUAACCACUGAAGCCACUGCUGGGCUCAGAUAAGACCAGCUGUCUCCUCUCUCAAGGGCCAAAAAUCAAUCCAACUGCAUUACUGUGCUGGUAGUCUGGUACCAUCAACACAUGCCAGCUCACCAGUGCAGCCACACAUGCGCACACACCCAAAUAACACAAAAGCAGAGUCAGACACUUGGCUCUCUGUAUUUACAUGUCUUAUGGGUUUUGCCCAGUUUGAUGUUUGUCUUUUACUAAUAAUGUGAUAGAGAGGCGAUGGGUUAUACUGUGAUACAAGGCCUUUUUCUGAGGAAAAAUGCAAUUCCCUUUUUUUUUUUUUUUUUU